AUGGAAACACACUCCAAAAAACACGCGCUGGAAACUGACGGCAGGCCAGCUUCCUCACUCCCGAGUCGUCAACUGCCCACACACGCUAUUCCCAACAAGCAACGCCGGCAGCGAGCCCGGCGGCGCGCCGCCAAACACUGUCUGAAAAGUGCCUACCGACCUGGCCCCGUUGCACACCGUCCCGCCUCCGGACCGGAGAUAGGCCGUGCACGUGCUGCCGCCAGACGGGUUGAACAUCCACGCACCACAGGUACUCGUGUUCAAGCAUGCGGCGCAGCAUGCUGCUGCGGAGCCCAGGCCGCCUGGCAGGCUGAACCCGGGCCCGAUGCUCGAGGACGCGUACACGAUGGGCUUGCCCUUGUAUUGGCUGAGGAUGUUGUCGCUCUGGCAGGCCGCGUAGACCGUUACAGCAGGACCAGCGGCCGUGGAGGUUGCUGUCACGGUUGUUGUGGUUGUGGAUAUGGCGAUGGUAGUGAUGGUGGUGGUUGCCGGCUCUGUAGGUCCGGUGGAGGAAACUGCGCUGGGCGUCUGAGUUACGGUUGCGGUCGUGGUCGUCGUGGUCGUGAUGAUGUCUGUGCUUGUUGUAGCUGGCGUGGGGGCAGUGACGGUGAAGGUCAUCGUUGUCUGCUCCGUGAUGUGGUUGUUGUUGCCGCGGCAGUUGUCGUCGUGGUCGUCGCAACGGUGCCCAUCUCGGUUUGCGUCGUGACCGAAAUGACUGUGUCCGGCGUGGAGGUGGUGGUUGUGAACGACGUUUGGGUUAUGGUCGUGGUACCAGUCUCGGUGCACACGGUGCCAGCUGUGGCCGACGAUGAAGAGCACGAAGCAGGCUGGGAAACCGUCACUGUCUGCGUUACUGUCACUAUGCUCGUCUCUGUCUCUGUUUCUGUCCCUGUCGUGGUAGUGGUUCCAAGCAUGGUCGUGACGGCUGUCACCGUCACAUACAUGACACUUGUUGCGGUGCAGGCCGUGGCAAAGACAGUCACGGUACUGGGCGGCGCGCACGUUCCGGGUCCCAGCGGCGUCGAAAUGGACGAGGGCGUGCUCGCGACACAUGUCGAGAUUGUCAAUGUGUCACAUGGUGAUACUGUCGUCGUGCUGGUUUCAGUGACUGUCUCCGCUGGAUAUGAGCAGGUUGAUGUAAGGACGGUGGUUGUGCCAGGCGGACCAGACGCUGACGCCGACCAGGUGGACGACAACACCGUUGAGGACGAUGCCGUAGCCGAUUGCUCGGGAUAA